GUUCAGUAGCGCUCAGCUGCUGGAGAGGUGGGCACCACUCCGGCUGACGCUCAUCCUCUCGUCGCGGCUCCUCCUCUCCAGAGGACGCGCGGACUCUGCUGGAGCUCCAGGUGCAAAAAACCCCCCCAACAACAACCUUUUCUGCCGUUCCGUUUGCCGACGUGACACCUAGAAGCGGCACUUUGGACCCGACCGAGCCGGACCCAAAGGCUUUGAUAUAUAAAUUUUUUUUAUUAUUAUUCUUAUUAUUAUUUUCUACGGCGUCCGUUGGAUGGUUUAGCAGGUUCACUCUCUGUGGCGCUACCACCUGCACUCUAUCAAGGCGACGCUCCUGUUAGAAAGCCUCAGCAUCACUCUGCAUUCCUGUGGACGGAGCCGGAUUCUUCAAAGGUGCAGCAAGAUGCUGGGUGUGCAGCCUGUGUACGGACUAAAGCUCUUGCUGGCCCUGAUGAUGCUUCAUACAGCCGAUUCAGGUUUAACCAGCGCUGACACUGUGGUGAAUAUGCGGAAGGUCACUCAUCAGACCAUUACCGAGGAGCUGUCCAAGACGGUGCUGCUCCCCUGCCUCUUCACCCUUCGCCCCGGCGGCAGCUCUUUCCACGAGCCCCCCAGGAUCAAAUGGACCAAGGUUUGGGGUCAGAGAGGCUCCGACGGCCUGCAGAAGGAGCAGUCGGUCCUGGUGGCCAAAGACAACGUGGUCAAGGUGAAAAAGGCCUUCCAGGGUCGUGUGUCGCUGCCUGGGUACAGUAAGGACCGCUACAACGCUAGCCUUGCUCUGACCGGGUUGCGGUCCAGCGACUCUGGACUUUAUCGCUGUGAAGUUGUGGUGGGCAUCAACGACGAGCAGGACACCGUUCCACUGGAGGUCACAGGUGUAGUGUUCCACUACCGGGCCCCUCACGAUCGCUACGCCUUGUCCUUCGCUGAUGCCAAGAGGGUGUGCAUAGAGAACUCGGCCACCAUUGCAACACCCGGCCAGUUGCAAUCAACCUUCGCCGACGGCUAUGAGAACUGUGACGCCGGCUGGCUGGCAGACCAGACUGUAAGGUACCCCAUCCAGUCGCCUCGGCCCGGCUGCUAUGGUGAUCGGGAGGACUCGCCCGGUGUUCGUAACUAUGGCAGCAGGGCUCCCGAUGAGCUGUUUGAUGUCUACUGCUUUGCAAAAAAACUUCAAGGUGAAGUGUUCCACUCCACGGUGCCAGAGAAACUGAGUCUGGCCGCCGCCUCCACCCACUGCCACUCUCUGGGAGCCCAGCUGGCCACCGUCGGGCAGCUCUACUUGGCUUGGCAGGCCGGUCUUGACCAGUGCGAUCCUGGCUGGCUGGCCGACGGCAGCGUCCGUUACCCCAUCAACGUCCCACGGAAAAACUGUGGCGGAGACGAGCCCGGGGUGCGGACGGUCUACAACAACCCGAACCGCACCGGCUUCCCAGACACCACCGCCCUCUUCGACGCCUUCUGCUACAGAGCCCAACAGCCAGCGGCGAUCCAGGCUUCUGAGGCGAAGGCUUCGUUCCAGCCUCGGAGGCCGGCAUCGGAGGCCUCGUCUUUAGUCGCCGAAGCCCAGAGACGGGGCCCCUCCGUCCGAACGUCCGUCUGGGCUGACUGGUUUUCCUUAAACAACACCGUAAGCCCCUCACUUAGUAAAAACGACGAGUCGUCCGAGACGUCCGAAGAGCAUGAUUUAAUCGACUUGAAGCCGGAGGAGAAGUGGGAUGAAAGACACAAUGGAUCCACGAUCGGCCCGAUGGAUCCGGACGCUUCUGACGGAGCUGGCAGCAACGUCACUUCCGGCUUCCCAGACCUCGAAAAUGCAGAGAGCCGUGUGGUUUCAGCUCAUGAGGACCCGGACCACAGUUAUCUUGGAUCAGACGCGCAAGUGUUACCCCCCGUUGCCUCUUCCACCCCCCAGCCUCAGGCAAGUUACAGUCUUCUCACUGAAUUUGUUAACACUCUCAUGAGGCCCUUUAAGUUCUGGACAGGGAGCAAAGGGACUGACAAGACAGAGAGGGGACCCACACUGCCUGAGGAAAAAGCUACAGAGAACCAAACACAGGGAGAGGUGUUCGGCGAAAGUCUGAGCAUUCCUAAACCUGGCGGAAACAAGGGCAGUAUGGACAAUGCCAUCCUGGAGCACAGAAGUGGCACUUUCCCCCUCAGGGGUCCCGAAAGCGGACUACAGAAUUCAGGAAAGGGGCUGUCGGAGCAGGAAAAAGAGCUGAUGCCUCUCAUUAACCUGGUGCCUUCGAUCCAAAAUGCCGUGCAAAAGCCCAGCGGCGCUCACCCUGUGGACGGAGGAACCGGCUCGAUCAAUGACAACCUGCAAUCCACGCUCAACGAAUUUCUUCAUUCUGAUCCCAUUGAGAAUUCCUCACCUUACAAACAUGUCAACAGAUCUGGUCUUCAGGUUCCCAGGCAAGGCCAUUUCCUUGAUUCCGUCUCCAAUACUCACUUCCGCUGGCCGAUUAAGUCAGAAAACGGUCACAAACGAGGUCGUCCAGCAAAUAUGGCCUACCUGGAUGAGCAAGAAUCUUGGGAGCCAAAAGAAUCUAAAGCAGGACCUGUGGAGUUGAUGUCGCUGCCCGACUCCCUUCAUCAGGAGAACCCGGAGAACUACUCGGGCGAAGGCAAAGAUCAGGAUCUAGAAGGCGCUUCGAGUGACAAAGGCAGAGCUGUGUCAGGAGAAGAGAAAGAUGUGGAGGGAAGUGGGAAUGGAAGCAGCUUUCCGGCUGGCUUUGAAAUGAAAGUCAACACGCUGGCCAGCAUCGGUGUCAAACUAAGUCCCACGCCCAAAGCUUCACCCAAACCAAGCAGUUUAUUGGCAGUGGGAGAGUACACUACUCUGUCUCAGUGGCUGCUGGUUAAUCAACCCACUGCCUCUCCUCAGGGUGCCAUGGAGUCAGACACAGCUGAGGAGGCAAAGGGAGAGAUACUUUAUGUCCACAGACCGACUGAGAUGCUCUCUCUGCUGUCUUCUUUGCAAACACAAGAUGAGAGCAAAGAGACAGGGAUGGCUUCCACACCUGCAGCUCUGCUGGAGGUACUGACAUCUUCUGAAGUGACCACAGUGGAGCCUUUGGCCACAGAGCCACACAGAACAGACCCUGCCACCACAGUCAUUAUCUCAGAAAAUACUUCAGACACGUCUUCUGCAGAGGAAGCAUCUAUAUCCAUUUCAUGGGUUCAGGAAAAGCAGGAGAACAUUAGUGUACCGGACCAGCAGAACCCUCUCCCAGUGACUCUGUUGCCUACCGAAAGAGCUCAAACUGGAGUCGUUCAAUUCCUCACCAAAGCCACAAACUCUGAAAUUGGCCUGACAGGAAUGGAAUCCAGAUCUGCAGUUACUGAAUCUUUUGUUGUGGGAAGUGUCCAGACGCCUUCCACAGAGUUGAAACCGGAGGAGCUCAGAACCACAAAGGCCACAGGGGACACAAGCAACCCGUUUGGCAGUUUGGUACCUGACUGGGCUUUCGGCCUCAUCCCAUCAGUGGAGAGUAACCCGUGUCAGACCAGCCCCUGUCUCCAUGGCGGGAGCUGCCUGGAGGAAGGCGACAGCUACAGCUGCUACUGCCCUCAGGGCUACUCUGGAGAGAACUGCGAGAUCGACAUCGACGACUGCCAGUCUAAUCCAUGCCAGAACGGAGGAACCUGCAUCGACGAGAUCAACUCCUUUGUGUGCCUCUGCCUGCCCAGCUACGGCGGAGCUACGUGCGAAAAAGACCUCGAGGGCUGCGAGCACUCGUGGAGAAAGUUUCACGGCCACUGCUACAGGUAUUUCAGCCGUAGACACACCUGGGAGGACGCCGAGAAGGACUGCAGGGAGCACAGCGGUCACCUGGCCAGCAUCCACACUGCAGCAGAGCAGAGUUUCAUCAGAGGUCUGAGCCAUGACAAUACCUGGAUCGGGCUGAACGAUCGUACGGUGGAGGACGACUUUCAGUGGACGGACAAGACAGACCUGCAAUAUGAAAACUGGCGGGAAAACCAGCCGGACAAUUUCUUUGCCGGAGGAGAGGACUGCGUGGUAAUGAUCGCCCACGAGAACGGCAAAUGGAACGACGUGCCUUGCAACUACAAUCUGCCCUACGUCUGCAAGAAGGGAACAGUGCUUUGCGGCGCCCCUCCCAGCGUGGACAAUGCCUUUCUAAUUGGCCGGAAGCGUUCCCACUACGACAUCCACUCCAUAGUGCGCUACCAGUGCGGCGACGGCUUCCUGCAGCGCCAUGUUCCCACUGCUAAGUGUCGCGCCAACGGCAAGUGGGACCGACCCAAAAUCAUCUGCAUAAGAUCUCGGCGGGCCCAUCGUUACCGACGCCACCACCACAAGGCGAGGAGGGAGCGCAGGAAGCACAAGCGGCAUGGCCACAGAGAGGGGGGGCACCACGGAGGGGAGCUCAACCAAGGCCACAACCACGCCCGCUUCUGAACCAAAAGAACACAAGAAAAAAAGAUUGGCACCCUCCUUCUUUUUUUGUUCUCUUCUCUGCUGCAACCUGCAGCUCGCCUGUCUCCCCCGUUGUCCUCAUUUCCCCAAAUACCGCUUCAAACUCUCAGCCCAUGAACUCCCCGCGCCCCUGUUUUUUUCUGUUCUGCCCUCACUCCCCCACCCACCUCCUCACCCCCUGGUGCACAGAGGCAACCUGCUUAUUAGUCCCCUCUGAUGCCUGCCAAAGUGCUGCCAGGUGUUGCCAGGACUCUAACAACCACACUGACAUCCCUUCUUCUUCUUCUUUGUUUCAUUUUUGGGCUCCAGCUCUUUUGUCUUGUCCUCUACCCUCUCAGAUGAUCCAGUUGCUCUCCCUUUCUUUGAGCUCAGCCCUUGACCUGUUUUUUUUUUUUUUUUUUUUUUUUUGACAGAAAAAGAGGAAGAAAAAAAAUAAAAACAUUUUCAGUUUGAGUAUGGACUUUCUUUGGCGAGAAGUGGUUUUAGUGUGAACUGUAAAUAGGGGUGACAUCACUGGAAAUGCCGUAUCAAAGUCAGACGAGUCAAUGGGAGACGUCGUGAUAUUGACUUGAGCCUUUUGUCUAUCGAACAGUUAUUUUUUACAAAUGCUCUGUGUUUUAUCUCCUGAUUCUGCUGCUUUUCGGUUUGCCCCUUUGUAAGACACUGUUGCGGACUGGCAGCGCCGCCGCCGCUGCGUCGUUCUGACACAGAUUUAGCUGAUUUUUGAACCAGAGGCGGUUGUAAUUGAGUUAUUUGAAUUGUUAGCGUUGUAUUUUUUCUUGUCGGUGUGAGACAGUUGCUUUAGAUCAGAUGAUGAAAGCCCAGAGGAAAAAUGGAUAGUGGCUCUGAUUUCUGGCUCACCUAAAUAAAUCAUCUGAGCCAUCUCGAACGGUUGAAGGUGUGCCGACACCUCCUCUCCCCACCCCACUCCCCGUCACUCCCAGGGUUAACCUGCACAUUUGAUACCGAUUGUCUCAACUCAGCUCAAAACUUCCAACAUUUGUUUUCUGGCGUCACAACGAAGGGGAAGUAGAACGGCGAGGGUCCUAAGAUUUAAGACAGUUUUUCAAGGCUCCACGCAAAGAUAUGUUGAGUCACUAAGAUUUUAUCUGCUGAAGUUAAACAUUUUUAGCGAGUGAUUAAAAUCCCACCACGGAAGCACUGAGGUCCGGUGAAAAGUUUACAAACGUGCGUCGCGCCAGGAGUAUCAUUGUAAUAUGGAUUUAGUAAGAAAAUAUGUUUGAAGUUUAAAUGUCAAGCGGAUUUUCUCAAAUUCAUCCGUCUGUUCAUCCGUUUGUCUUGUCCAGAUCACCUAAACGAGCCUCAGCGAUUUAACAGUCGCACUCAAAUCAGUUUGGAUGUUCAGAGAAAAAUGAUAAACCAACUCUUGUUCAAGCUUUCCAUAAUGACAAAUCUGCUGGAAACCCUGCAGAUGUUGUUCAGAGGAAAUACUUGUUAAGAUGGAAGUAUUUUUUUUAUUUUUUUCGCAGCUAAACAGAUUCUUCAUUAUCUGGGUUUGGUUGCUGCAAAGUAAAGCAGAAACACUGUGACGCUUUUGAAUUAUUGGUUUAUUUAUCACAAGUUACACCACGUGAUCACGUUCCACAUGAUCACGUUCCACAUGAUCACGUUUUACUUUCGUAAGUCAGCCCUGUUGUAUAAAUACAUGAAUGAAUAGAAAUUUAGACUGAUGGUGAGAGACAUAUUCAACUCUAAUUGGAGCAAAAGUACUUUAUACCUCCACUGAGCAGGAAAUGUUUGUGCAAAUUUUUUUUACAUAUAUAAAAAGGAAACAGAUGAUUUGCCCUAUCAGCUGUUUUUGAUAUAACCAACUUAUCAGACAGAUUUUCCUGAGUGUUUUGUGUCAGAAACCAUCUCAUGUUUCAUCAGAGUAAAUGCAUUCAAUCCCCAUUUGUUUGUUUUUUGUUUUUGUUUUUUUUUUUCUUUAUAAUCAAUCUUCAAACACAUUGUUAUGAUAUAACCUCUUUCUUAUGGCUAACACAUUUGGUGGAUUUCUGUUUCUUGUGUUGACUUUCCUACUAACAUGUAUUUAGUGUUGCUCUAGCAAUUAAAAUGAUAAACAAAAUAAAAGUGAAGAUGGAUCCAACACGAUUUUUGUCAGAUAAGUUGCACAUCACAUUAGGUUGCUUAGUAGUAUUAGUUUUUAUCAAUUUGUCAGUAAAAUUGUCCCCCCCAACAGUCGACUGAGUUGAACAGACAUAACCAACUCAGACUUAUACUGACUGAUGUGAAGCCAUUUGUCAGAGCUGCACCGACUGGGGUCGAACAUUAUCACUGGGAAUAAGAAGCUGUGUCGUCGUGUGUAGGAACUCGACGUUCGUGUGUUUUCACGAAGCAGAAGAGUGAUGGCGGCUGACGACGGAAAGGGUCGGCGAGGUUAAGGCUUGCCGUUUCUGGGUCAGACAGAAACUCCCACCUGAAGACGGCCGUGGCGCGUGUCGUGCUUUAAAGAGGAGAUUGAGGGGGACUGAAAAAGAAAGAAGAAGAACGCUUUGCUCUGUCUUCUCUCAGCUUUACUGUCCAGAUAAAUCGUUGCUCUUCUUUUUAAAGCCGACCCUCGAGGUUUGUGCUUGUGGGAUUAUGACCCUCAUUCCGGCAUGUCUAGCUUUGAUGUUUCUUUGUCUUUUGCUGGAUCCUUUUUUUCUUACUCUUUUAGUACCUUUGUGCUUUUGAAGGAUUCAUCCAUCUUUGCUCAUCCUCUUUUUCUUCAUUUUUACAUUUUUUUAUUUUUAACAGAACGUUAACAUUUUCAGUACUGUAGGUCCUACCUGAGGUUGCAUGGAUCAGAAUUUUGUGCCUGAUUUUUUUUUUUUUUUUUCCGGUGGUUUUUGUAAAACUUGUACUUACAGAUCCUGACUUAAGCCGAUUUAAGGUUUUUUUUACAGAGAGAAGAGGAAGACGAGCAGUAAAUGGUAAAACUAAGAUCUGAUCACUGCAGCCUCAGCGUACGGAGCCUGUGCUCUACCACCAGGCCAUGUUAUGCAGUGUUUUGUCUUUUGUAUCUUUUAUAUUAGCAAAAAGGGCAGUUACCAUGGCUAUCAUGGCAAACAUAUACCUGUGUCUGAAGGUAUAUUUGCAGUAUAACAUUGUUAUUCUACAGAGACAGGAGUGGAAAGCUCAAAAGGAUGAAAACGGCUUACCUACUUUCUGCUGAAUGUCUUGCUCUCGCUCGCUUUCUUGCAGCCUGGACCUACCACGGACUUGUCUCAACGUGUCUUUGAAAAAAUAUAUAUAUAUCUCAAACAGCUUCUUACACUUCUGCAUCAUUUUUACACACAUCAAAUAACCUAAAACUAGCUUUCAGUCUUCUUUGCUCACUUGCGUUUCAGCGCGGCACGUUCCUCAGUCAGAAUGAGGUGAGAUUUUUUCCGUUUCCAAACUCUUGUUCACCAGUCGGUCCACCGGAUGAUUUCGCUACGUGCUGCAUGUUACGGGCAGCGUUAAGGCGAAGUCUGCUAUUUGCAGAUGAUAUCUUUGCCUUUGUUUGCCUCCUCUCACCUUGGCUAGGACAACAACAGUAAUCUUACACCUUUGUAUCGGUUCAAUUAAUCUCCUGCAUGCCUAAUUAACAAGCUGCAUUAUCAGCCCAACCACGGAGCUGCCAUGACGGGGGAAGGGUAAUGCUGAUGGACAGUCAGAGGAGGGUACAUGGUGGCUGUCAAAGCCAUCAAACCCCUGUCGCUCUGCAGAUGUCAGGCUGCUUUCUCUCCCUCCCUCCCGCACCCCCGUCGCUCCUGUAAAAUAGAUUGACCAUAGGUGAGUGAAUAAAAGGGCAGAUGGAAGGCCCUCUCGCUGCAAACUUGAUGCUGAGAGACAGGGUAAUUACAGCUGGGACAGACCUAAAAAAAAAAAAAAAA